UAAGAUGUGUGACGCGGAUGUAUGCGUGGGCAUUCAUUUCCGGGAAACGGGUCAGCUACAUCUUUUGUCCGCACAUGCUUCCGGGGUUUGGACUUUUCUUACUUCACAAUUAGGCUCCUAUUACCCAACGCCAAGGUUGAUUACAGACCGAGACCUGGAGACAAGGGGAGGCACAACUGUCACUACCGCGGUUCUCAAUCCCAUCCGUCAUUAUUCAUAA